CUAUAAAAGGAAAGGUCUACCCAGAUCUCUAUUCGGCAAAUAGGAACAGAUAAUAGUCUUCUUCUCUCAUUGAAGAAGGUCUAUCUAUCUCCUAAGCUGAGAAAUUAAAGGAAUCGCAUUUAUGGAUAUGUCAUUGGAAAAGUGGAUUUCGGAAUUGGAAAUGGAUGAUUACAACUUCUUAGAUCAUUGCCAAACCUAUUCAACUGAAUUCAAUUCCAUUGAUGACUUUUCACAGCUCGUAAAUUCACCUGGAGAGAAUCUACAACAAUCUUCAUCUUCCGAGAGCUACACUUCUUGCUCUACCUUAAAUCUCAAUUGCACCGCCGCCGCCGCCGCCACCGCCAUGGCCGGCGGAGGAGGAUGUGAGAAUGGCUAUGAGAGACCAACUAAACAGAUCAAAACGAGCAUUACUGAACAAUUCAGUCCUAAUUUCCCGAUUUCGUUUGCGGAUUUCGGAUCGUUGCCUAGUUCACCGUCUACGAAUCCUCCUGAGAAUAUCGAUAACGCUUCGGAGCCAAAGGAUGAGGUGGUCUCUAAUGGAGAUCAUGCAAGUGUUCCGUUGAAAAAUAAUCCACCCAAGGCUGGUCAGAAGAGGUCGAAUGCGAUCACUAGAACUCCUCUGGAGGUUCAAGAUCGCGUAAUGGCGGAGAGAAAGAGGAGAGAGAAACUCAGUCAGCGAUUCAUUGCCCUUUCCGCCAUGGUUCCUGGCUUAAAGAAGAUGGACAAAGCUUCUGUUCUUGGAGAUGCCAUUAAGUACUUGAAACACCUUCAAGAACAUGUGAAAUUGCUUGAGGAACAAAUCAACAAGAAAUCUGAAGAAUCAGUUGUGUUUGUGAAGAAGUCUCACAUUUCCGGCGACGAUGAUUCUUCUUCGUGUGAUGAGAACUUUGAUGGCCAAGCGCUUCCAGAAAUCGAAGCUAGAAUUUCAGAAAACCAUGUACUCAUUAGAAUCCAUUGCGAGAAGCAGAAAGGCGUUGCGGUGAAACUACUUAGCGAAAUCGAGAAGAUUCAUCUGAGUGUUGUUAAUAGCAGUUUCUUGCCAUUUGGGCAGUAUGCUAUGGAUAUCACUGUCGUUGCUCAGAUGGAUGCGGAUUUUUCCUUGACAGUGAAGGAUCUGGUGAGAAAACUGCGCUCGGCUGUUUUGAAGUUCAUGUGACAUGCUUCCAUAACCACUUCAUCCGAUUGAAGAGCGUGAACCAGUUGUAUCAGGAGCGGAGGAAGUGUGGCUGCACUGCAGGGCUUGAGCUUCCUCUCCUCUGGCCCUGUUGUACAUUAUUAACUUAGAAAAAUAAUGGCAAGGAAAAUGAGAAAAUUCGGAAAAAAAAUGGUUUGUAAUCUGCACUGUAGACUGUCCUUAUGCUGGUGAAUCUUUCCCAUUUGACCCCACUUUUGAUAGGAAAAAUCCCGAGUCAUAAAAUUCGAUUACAAGGUUGGACAUAACUUUUUAACAUGAGGUGGAUCUCACUGAUGUAAAAUGAUCGUGUCUGAUUCUGUGAUUGAAUUCGAUUCCAUGCAACAACUGUUUUGAUAGUGGUUUGUUUUUUUUUUGGUUGAUUAUGUAGACCACGUUUUAACUGCCCCUAUGCAAUAAAGUUGAAUAAAGGCUUUUUCGAAUGCGGAAUUGCCAUGUA